AAGCACGUCCUGCAGGAGUACUUCGAGAUCCCCAGUGACAUGAUUGGCUUGGCGAGCAAGAAGAACCUGGCGGACUGGAAGACGAACCUCUACCUGCGCGAGGACGGCCAGUGGGCCGACUUCCAGGAGCUCGGGGUGCGCGACAAGGAGCUCGUGAAGCUUCCCGGCGGCCACGCGGGCAUCGACAUCUUCGACUACGACCUGGAGUCGUACGAGGCGGAGCCCCUCUUCGAGAAGUUCCGCAUCAAUGUUGAGAAAGUCGAGCCGGAGGUUUUCCUGGUCGCGGAGACGCUGCAGGUUUCCAAGCCAGAUUUCAGGGUCAAGGACGACGCCGAUCGGUGGGUCCAGGAGGCAACGAAGAACGGUAACAAGGGUAUCUUUAAGAAGGGUACGCUCAAGCGGAUCGACAAGCUCAUGAAGGAGAAUGCGGCUAUAUUCGACGUGCUGCGCAACAACAACGAGACGUUUCUCUGGGAGUUGUUCGCGAAGGAGGCUCGCUUUACUCAUGUAGCUUCGAAGGGUGGUCACGCGAAUGCGACCACCUCGGACCUGUCAGUUGGCGUGAACUUUAACGACCCUCGGACGCGAUCAGAUUUCCUGUUUUUGAUCAGGACCUUCAAGCCCUGGAUGGUUCCGGUCGCAUUCCCGUGUACCGCCCAUACCAAUAUGCAAGAGUUACAGCGUGCUCAAGGCAUGGGCGAUAGGGUGGACGACCUCAUCCAGGAGCUUCGGCCGCUGAUCGACUUUUCGGCGGAGGUGCUCAAGAUUCAGGCUGAAGGAGGACGGAUCGGCAUCGGCGAGAAUCCCCUCACCAGCCGGGCGUGGCGGGAAGUUCCGAUCGUGGACCUGCUGAGCUGGUACGGGAACAAGCCGCCACUCUACGAGACGGUCACGCUGGGCCAGUGCAUGCACGGGCUCGUGGACAACUACGGCGACCCGAUUCGCAAGCCGACGUGCAUGAUGGUGCCCAACGGUUCGCGCUUCCCUGGGUGGCUCGAGCGCAGGUGCGACGGGAGCCACCAGCACGCCGACAUGGUCGGGCGGAGCCCGGCACUGGCACAAGCCGGCGCCUGGCCGGACGACCUGGGCAAGGCUCUGGCGGGCGCCGGCACGCACGAGCUGGCACGACGGACAAGCCCGAAGGAGAUGGGCAUCGGGGGCGACACGGCGAGGUCCCCGAGCAAGCAGAUCGUGAACGCAGUGGCCAAGGCGCUCAAGCUAGGGAAAGACCUGAUCGACGUGCGCGUGCUGACGGGUGACGAGGAGGUUCCGCCCCCUCGCGGGGCAGUGCGGCGCAUCUGCGCGACGUACUCCAGCGAGGGCGUACUGGCGGACUACAGCGACGCCUACGCGGGCGACCCGGGCUUCGGAGCGAUCAAGCUGGGCAAGCGGUCCCCCACUGACACGGUGAUCGCAUUCUACGUGAAGGAGCCGAAGGUGCAGACGUCCUUCCCUGCGACGGUGCACGUCCACGGGAGCAAGCCCAAGACCUUUGCUCCAGAUGAUCGCGAAGUUGACACGGCACAUCGAGACCUACAACACGAGGGCGAGAGUUUCGGGGAUAUGCCUUCGGACAUCACCACGGCCAAGUGGGGCGCUCUCAAGAAGCCCCACCUCAACCUGAGCCAUCCUUCUGCUCACGCACUGAAGCGGCGACUGAAGUCCUACGGAGCGUCACGGCAAGUGCUGGAUGCGGUUGACAAGCUGGACUGCGGCGUGUGCAAGGAGCUCGGCAGGCCGACUACGGUGAGAAGCUCGAACCUGAACCUCUCGACGGAAUUCAACGAAAACGUGUUCCUAGACGAGGCCGAGGUGAUACUUGCAGACUGGACCCGACUGAUGGUUAUGGUGAUCUUGGACGACGCAUCGGGCUUCCGGGUAAUCAUCCCUACCACUGCAGUGAGGUCCAUCACCGGCGAGGAGAGCCUGCGAUGCUUUUCGCAAGGCUGGCUAUCGUGGGCUGGACCACCCAAGGUGCUGUACUACGACGCGGCCAAGGGUCACAUCACGAAGCGGUUCGCGGAGAUCGGAAAGAAGUACACCAUCCUGAUGAGGCCGGUCCCAGCAGAGACGCCCCAGCUCAAGGGUCGAGUGGAGCGCGCGAUCGACUUCUUCAAAGACCACUUCCAGCGCCUGAACCGCAACGUGCAGCUCACCAAAGACGACGAUCCGCAUGUUUGGACAUCGGUGAUAGCGAGUACGCACAACAACCACAUUCGGCGAAAUGGCUUCACCCCUUACCAAUACGUGCUGGGCCGGUCGCCUGGCAUCCCGGCCUCGCUGAUCGAGGCGAUGGAGGGCGACCAGAAGCAGCUGGCAUCACAGAGCGCGGCUCUCUUCGAGGAGGGCCCGAGGAGAGCAGAGCAGAUACGCGCGGUGGCGAACUGGGCGUUCUUCGAGCUGGACAGCGACGACGCCGUCAGGAGGGCCAUGGUUGGCCGAGUUCGCCCGCCGCGUGGACCGCUCGUGCCAGGCCAGCUGGUGUUCUACUGGCGCGAGGUGAAGCACGUGAAGUCGAAGAGGCUCCAGGGCGAGCACGGUUGGCGUGGGCCAGCGAUCGCGUUGGCGACCGAAAGCCACACGAGGCUACACCUCAGCUACCGCGGGGCGCCGGUGCUCGCGACGCCGGAGCAGGUGCGACACGCCUCCCAGAGCGAGGCGGAGAUGGUUGAGAACGAGGACUUGGUCAGGCAGCUCUCUCACUGGCGUGGAGGACCUACUCUCCAGAAGGGGUUCAUCGAUGAGCGUGGACCUGGGCCAGACGGGAGCGACAAGACGGGCGCGCGCCGCGAGAGGGGCGAGAAAGACUCGGACCACGAGGACGGUGUGAUCGACACGCCUACGGCUAAGGCACCGCGUGCCGAGCCGGCUCCACCACCGCCACGGCCAACCUACCUGAAAUACCACCACUACCGGGAGGAGAACCGGUUCCUCCAGAACAAGCUACAGACCCACCUGCUGCGGCAGCUGGGCAGGGGCACUCCAUGGACCUGGACGCGGCGGCUGCGCCAGGUAUUCCGCAUCAACGGCAACAGCAACCAGAUCGAGCUGAGCAACCAGAACAUGCACCACGACUCAGCUUCAAGCGAACGCUUCCCGACGACCAGGAGGCAGAUCGCGAACGCCUACGACUACGACGCGAGGCUCAAGGGCAGCUCCAUGCGCCUUCCGAAGGUACCAGACGACCCGAUGGAUCAGGAAGCACUCUUGGUCAAGGUCAGGAACCGCCAGAGGGACGCAUUUCUGUCCCGGAGGACAGACGCGACGAAGAAGCAGGUCACUCCCAAGAAGGGUUGGGAGAUCCGCAGCAUCCCACAGGAGUGGAAGGCGGCUUUCGACGCGAGCGACCUGGAGGAGUGGCGCAAGUGGGUCGAGUACGAUGCAGUGGACUGGCCGACCGAGGAGGAGCUCGCGGGGGUGGACAAGACAGCGAUCCUGCCCAUGAGGCGCGUUCGCACUGACAAGAACGAGGCGACGAGGGGCAACCUGUCGUACGAGCAGCACCCGCUCAAGGCGAAGUCCCGGAACAUUGUUCCAGGAUACAAGGACAAGCAGCUGCUCGCUGGCGAAAUGCAGACCAACGCCCCCGCUCUGACGGACACAGCCACGGCGGUGAUCCUGAAGGAGGCCGCUAGCCAGUCGGGUUGGAGGCUUGAACAGGGCGACGUCGACUGGGCAUUUCUGAACGAGAAGUACCUCGAAUGCUCUCGACGCGAGUACUUCCGCGCGCCGAAGGGCGGCCUGCCGGCUGCACCGGAGAUGGGCUGGCCAGCCGUUCCAAAAGGUACGGUGCUGAGAGCGAAGAAGGGGAUCUACGGGCUGAAUGAUGCACCUCUGUUGUGGUACGAGGAGCAUCGUGACACCAUGCUGUCUCUCCCAGGAGCGUCGAGAUCGAAGCUGCGCCCGGCCCUCUUCAUCUUCCACGACGAGAAUGAGAAGCUGAUCGGCCUGAUUUGGUAG